ACGUCAAUGGAGAAACACGAGCGGAGUUGCAGGUAGUAGAAUAGGUUAGCAAUGGGCAGACACGUAGGUUGCAUAGAGAAAAUAUACGAUCCCCGCGAGAAAGAGAGUAACAAUGGACCGUAUCUCUCAAGUGGCUCGGCAAACCAUAAACGUCACCGAGGAAAAAGUCAGCACGACUGUCCGAGCGAUUAUAGCUGUCGUUUUACCUUGCGGAUUCCAACAAGGGAGGAGGCGAUUCAUUCGAGGGAAAAAUUUUUCCAGGAGGAAAAGCAGAGGAACUCGCCGACGGGGUUGCGAUUUCUGUUUACAGACGGCCGCGACUAUUCUUUCAGGAGGAAUUUGCAUCCUCCCUCUGAACUUUUCCUUACCCGCUUGUGUAUUUAUUAUCCUGAAAGCUAACACUGAGGAUUUUGUACCUUCCGACUGCUAUCAUUUCAAUUUCCUCGGGACACUGAUACUCUGUAAUAUUCUUUUCAAUUGAACGAAAUUGAAACGUCUUAAGGCAUUUGAAGAUAAGAUGAAAGGAGAGGAGGCGCCAAACGAGAAAGUGAUCAGGAUGCACCUGUUACUCACUUGCUGCACGGAGUAUCGAACGAAUAAUGACAAGGAAUAAUAAAGAUCACCCAUGGAACACCCUUUUUUCCUCUCUCUUUUUUUUUUUACCUGUGCCGUGGCGUCGAUGGCAAGCAGAAAGGAGAGAGAACCCUUGCUUGGAAGGCUUCGAAACCGGGCGCAACCUAUAAAUAACCAAGCGCCUCUUUGCAUCUCUUUGCGCUUCUUUUCUUUCUCUUCUCUUCUCUUCUCAUUCCUUUGCUCACCUCCGACGCACACGUUUUUGCGUUCAGAGACCCCGUAAUUCAGGUUCCUUCGCACGUACGCGGGUACAAUCGGCGCAAUUAAUGUCCGCUGCCAGAAAGCUGAACUCUUCAUUUGUAU